AUGAAGAUACAGUCCCUACCGAAUCAGCAAACACAGAAAGUUUUACCAACCAUACCCGUGGCGAUCAAAAAGUCAAAAUCAUUUUCCCCUGAGUUCAUUAAUGAAAUUGUGAUUUUAUCCCACAUAAAUCACAGAAACGUAGUGAAAUUGAUUGGCUGUUGUCUCCGUACUCAACUUCCUUUGCUUGUCUACGAAUUUGUGCCUAAUGGAACACUCUUUCAGCAUCUACAGUCUCCAGAGAAGCACUUGCCCUGGGAAAGAAGGGGGCAGAUUGCCAUAGAGACAGCAGAGGGAAUAGCAUACAUGCAUCGUGAAGCCUCUCAGCCCAUGUUCCAUCGUGACAUAAAAUCAUCAAACAUUCUCCUGGAUGACACACUUACUCCAAAAGUGGCAGACUUUGGUAUUUCUCGCCUGCGACCUCCCGAUGAAAUGCAUCUCAGUACCAUUUUUACUUGUGGAACUCCAGGUUAUGUGGAUCCCGAGUUCGUGAGAAGCAACCAGUUUACUGAAAAGAGCGAUGUUUAUAGCUUUGGUGUAGUUCUUGUGGAGCUUCUCACUGGUCUACAACCCGUCUUGUCUCGAGAAGGUGAGGUGUACACUUUAAGUAGUCAUCUGAUUUCUACAAUUGAUAGUGGUAGCUUAGCCGAAAUCUUAGAUCACAGAGUAGUAAAUAUGGAAAACCAAGAGCAGAUGGAGAAAAUGGCAAAGCUUGCUAAAGCAUGUUUGCAUGAGGAAGGAAGGGCAAGGCCGUCGAUGAGAGAGGUAGUGGAUGAGCUUAUUUGGAUAAGAGUAGCUACAAAACAGGCAACACUUUUAAAUAGGGAUGUGACUCUCCCUGUGCAAAAGGUUGGUUCUACACAGGAAACACUCGAGCAUUGUAGCGGGCACAUCCUGGGUGAGACUACUUCACGGGAUUAUCACACUUCUCUCCCCCAUAUUGCCAUUGAGGACCCCUCUACUUCGUUGAUUCAGAUGUCAAAUAUGCAUGGAAGAUAA